CAGUGUUGGAAAACGCAUGUUUGCUACAUGUGAUAGCGCCGCGCCGGUUUCUUUUUGCGAAUUUUGGACAUUGCGAAUUAUUUAUUGUAAACUGCCGCCCCAGAAUGUCGCUGCAAUUCCAGAACGACUGCGGAGAUUCCGUGAAGCAGGCGAUCAUCGAGGAGCUGCAGAACCUCCUCAGCUCGGACACAAGAGUCCUGCAGCUGGCGGAGAAACGGACAAAGCAGCUGGAGUACACGGAAGGCUAUGGCGUCUACCUGUCCGAGAUCAUCAUGAACCAGGCUCAUGAGCUGCCACUCCGACAGAUUGCGAUCGUGAUGCUCACUCGCUAUGUGGAGAACCACUGGACGGAUGACCAGGCGGGUGGAAAGGCCAAUGGCUGCAUGGCCAGCGAGCAGGCGAAGCGCACCAUACGGAACAUCCUGCACGGACUGUACGACCCCAACUCCAAGAUCCGCUCGUCUGUCGCCCACACCAUCUCCACCAUUGCAGCCACGGAUUACCCACAGGGUUGGGCGGAGCUCUUUGACAUCAUUGUCAAGUGUCUGGGCGGCAACGAGGACUCCAUUCACGGAGCCAUGCAGGUCUUGCAGGACUUCACCUACGAUGUGGAGCAGAUCAAGGAACUGGGUCCGGUGGUAAUACCCGAGGUCUAUCGCAUUUUCGACUCGGAGCAGAAUUACUCCAUUAAGACCCGUGUAUCGGCCAUCCGCAUCCUAAAGCCUCUGUUCGCUUCCAUUGCCACACUGAUAUCCAACAAGGAUGAGCAAGCACCAUGAUGAGCUCCAUUUGACGAAUUUAUGGACAAGCUUAUGCAUUACCUUAGCAUGAACAGCGGUGCCGGAUCGAGUUUCCUCCUCCGCUCGGAAAUCAUCAAGGUGUUUACCCUGGUCAACGAGAUGCCCAAGUACAUAAACCCCUUCAUGGACCGCGUUUUGCCCAGUUGGCAGCUGCUCACCCAGAUUGCCGAGACGUACGUAAAAGUGUCGGUGAACCAGACUGAAACGAAUCCCCUGGCCAGCGGCGACAGCGAGGAGGACGACGAGCAAACCAAUUUCCAAACACUGAUCAUCCAGAUCCUAGAGUUCAUCAACUGCAUCCUGACAUGCAACAAACUACGUGGCAGCAUCAAGAAUGUGCUGGCGGAUCUUAUCUACAUCACAAUCGUAUACAUUCAGCUAAGAGAGCAGCUAGAGGACUGGCAGGAUGAUCCAAAAGUUGUGGACGAUGAGGAUGAUGGUGGCGUGGAGCUGACGGUACGCAUGUGCGGUCGCGAUGUUUUGCUGGUAAGCCAUAACGACGAGUUUGGAGCAAAUGCCAUUCAGCCACUGCAGGGCUUGGGCAGGCAUUUCAGCGUGGCCGAGGCGGAAAAGGCCGCCAACAACCCCAACUGGUGGAAGAUCCAGGAGGCCUGCAUGGACGCCGUUCAUGCUUUCCGCGAUAUUAUCCUCGAGGGCGACUCUACGUUUGACCUGCUCAACUAUUUGAACAUAGUUCGCAAUAUGCGUCACCAGGAAUCGCCCCCUCUAGUCGGUCGCGCUCUCUGGACUCUGAGCACCUACUCCAAGUCGGACCUUUACAAUCCCCAGAUGUUGGCCGAGAUCCUUGAUGUCACGCUGUGCAGCUUGUCGCCGGAGAAGUCGCACAUCCUGAGGAUCAGUGCCGUACGCACCCUGAACGGUUUCCUGCAGGCGAACGAAACUAUCGAGGGGGAGAAGCGCACUUUGCUGGUGUCCAAGCUGCCCGGUUUUCUAGAGGGAAUUAUGGCUUUGGUGCCGGGUUGCAAGGCCACAGUUUUGGCCCUGCUGAUGGAGGCAUUGACCAUCAUGGUCAAGUUUGAUGCGGAAUUCGCCUUUGCCAGCCAGGCCAAGAUUACGCCCUUGGCCAUUGCUGUGUUCCUCAAGUACACCGAGGAUCCGUUUGUGCUGGAAACGGUCCAGGAUCUUAUCAAAGCUCUGUGUCAGCGCAAGGAGUGCCUUGGACCGCUGCAGGAGAAGUUCAUUCCAACAAUCGUGAGCAUCCUGGGGCUGACAGGAGCAGCCUCCACCGAGAAGCAGGACAUUGCUUUAGAUGUCCUGAACACAAUCGUGCGGUACACAGAGCCGCCGCUAAGCAACUCAUUGCUGGAGACUGCCUUUCCCGCCAUAAUCAACUGCGUCAUGCACACGGAUGACCAUGCCGUCAUGGUAGCCGGCGGCGAGUGCCUGCGCAGUUUCAUUAAUGUCUCGCCGGAGCAGAUUUGCAGCUACAAGAAUGGAGAGGGCGUCAACUGCAUCAUGCAGGUGGUGGCUACUGUCCUGCUAAAUCCGAUGAACAGCGAAAUGACGGCGGCCGGCCAAGUUGGACGUCUUGUUAUAACCAUUAUCACAAAGAUGGGUAGCAUGCUGGGUCAAAACGUGGACAUGCUCCUGAAGGCUGUGAUUAGCAAAAUGCAGAACCUUGAGUGCCUAAAAGUGAUCAUGAAUCUGGUUUUAAUCUUUGCCCAUUUGUUCCUUACCCAAAUGGACGCCGUGCUCAAUUUCCUGUCCACUGUUCCCGGACCAAACGGAGAGCCUGCGAUGCAGUUUGUGCUCACCAAUUGGCUUUCGCGCCAAAACUCCUUCUUCGGCAACUAUGAGCGAAAGGUCACCACCAUGGCCCUCUGCAAGUUAUUUGAGUAUGGAGUGGCCACACAAGACAACCGCUUGACCACAAUAACUUUCAAGGAGCUGGUGGACGACCCCACGGAUACCCGUAGACGUACUCGCUCCGUGGCAGCAACAACCCAGAAGUGGGUUACCAUUCCGGCGCUCGUUAAGAUCUUCAAGGUUUUGAUCUCCGAGUACCAGCACUUCCAAGAGAGCAAGACCGAUGAGCCUCUCACGGACAGCGAAGAGGACGGCGAGCCUGAAGAUGCUCCCGGAAAUCCGGCCAAGCCGCGAUACAUCUCCGAUCUGUUCGAAACAGAUGAGGAUAAUGCCGAUGAUGAGCAGCUGCUGCAGGAGCUGCUCAAGGAAACCAACUACCAGGGCGACAUUGCCGACAAUCUGCAGAAGUUCCUUACCACCUUCACGCAGAACGAGCAUUUCCCCACCUUCUACGAACACCUUACCGAGGGCGAACGCCUCGUCCUGCUCAACAAGGUGCAGCAGAAGUAGAAGGAUGCAGCUGGUGGAACCUCUCUUUUUUACGUGUUGUACGUCGAAUUGUGUUAAUUGUAUUUAUAUAUUGUUGCUAACCCUUGGAUUGAAUAAACAUUUAUAUAUUUUCUAAAUAA